AUGUCAAACUCAGACGGAAAUCAAUCUGGUAAAAAUACGAAAAGUCUCUUGGAUGACUUGGAUUUAGGUAUAGGGAUCUGGGAAGGGAAGACUGUGUUCACUUCUGAACCUACACCAUUCCGUUCAAGGGGGAAGCCUCAGACACCUCGAGGUGUAAAAGUUGGUUCAUCAACUUCUCCCAUAUCUAUCUCGUCGUCCUCACCAUCUCCCUCAAUUUCGCCCUCUCCUGUCGUUUUCUCUUCUUCUCCAAAUCUUCCGCGCCCCAGAGCAGUCCCUCAAUAUACAUCACCUCUUCCCCGUGCAGCCUACACUUCAUCUCAAGGUGGAUCGCAAAAACCAAUACAUCCAUUCUUCAAUCGAGCAAGAAGUGUGCCCACUCCCAGUCAACCUAGAUACGUUGCACACUACUCGAGUACAGAAGCGAGUACGAGCUCUCAGCCGUCCGUGACUGAAAGUCAGUCAUCUGAAUUAUCUUUCCCUCCAUCAAGUCAACAAAAUCAAAGUCAAAAUCAAAAUCAAAAUCAAAAUCACGACCAAAAGUUGAAGAGGGAUAAAGAAUUAGAUUAUUUAGCUGAUGAAAUUGAGAAGAUGUCAUUCUCCAAACCCAAAUCUAGAAAACCAUUAGUAACUCCUGCUACUAUACCUGUUCCCAAUCAGAUAGCAAAAGAACCAAUAUCAUAUAAGCGGAACGCCAGUAAACCGACAGCAACACUCCCUCGUCCAUCCAAUUUACCUAUAUUUCAUUACUCACAAUAUACACCUGCUCCACAAGUAGCUUACACCUCUUCCAUUGAAGAAGCGAAUGACUUACUAUCGUGUUUGAAAGGCGAUGUGUUAGGGUUCGAUCUUGAAUGGCCACCAGGUGGAAGACAUAGGAUCUUACAGAAAGACGGUAGUUACGUUGAGAAGAGAAUAGCUAUGACUUGGAAUGAGACAACGAGGAAAUACGAUAUAGGUCAGGGAAGGACAGCACUGAUGCAAUUCUGUGAUGAGAAACUAGUCGUUCUGGUCCAUCUAGGCGAGAAGAUGGAUAUACCCAGUAAAGCAAUUGAGAUACUUCGUUCACCUUCGAUAUAUAAACUCGGAGUCCAAGUCAGAGGAGAUGGCCAAAAACUACUUCGAGACUUCCCAGAUCAUUUCAUACCUCCUCGGCCGUCUCCUCCUACUACAAUAUCGCCUUCUAACGAUAUAGGCUUAAAAGGCUUAUUCGAGCUUUCACUCCUUGCCAGAGCAGUAGAUUCAAUCGGAACCGGCCCCGGUGGUGGCUUGAUCUCUCUGUCAAAUUUAUCUAAAUGGUAUCUGGAAAAGGAAUUAGAUAAAGAUAAAGAUGUGAGAAAGGGAGAUUGGACUGGUGUCUUAGAUCAGAAACAGAAAGAUUACGCUGCAAAUGAUGUUUAUGCGUCUCUACAGAUAUUUAAUAAACUCCGCUCAAUAGCGAAGGAGAACGAUUUCCCAUUAGAUCUGAACAAAUACUUGUCAGUAGUAGAAUCAUUUGGUUCUCUUGUCAAACCGGUCACGAAUGGUACUAGACCUAUAGGAAGUAAAGAUGCGUUCGGUGCACACCUUCAAAUCGGUGACAAAUCUGUGACGCUACAAGGUGGGGUCAGACCUCCCACUCCUGCGCAACUGAGUGCACUAAAUGAUUUCGUUGGAGGAGUGACUAUUGCAUCGGUUGCAGAAAGGAAGGGAAUCAAGCUUGCUACUGCUGAAGGAUAUAUAUGUAAUGCUUUGCAGAUCCUUGGAGCGGACUUCUUGUCAAAGGAACAGAGGAGAAGAUUGUGGGACGAGGUUACUAGACAAACAUAUACAUGGAAGAGAAACAAGGAGCUGUAUAAGGUGUUGAAGGAAGAAUUCGACCCUACAGCGAGUAGUGGAAGCGAGAGUGAGGAAGUGGUUGAGUAA